AUGGCAAGCCCAUCCGACACGAUUGUUAUAACCGAUGACGAGAAAUUGCCAAGCCUCGAGCCAGGUAGUUCACGACCUCGGAGGGCCCCUCGCCGUGAUUACAGUUACCGGGAGUUCGAGGACAUGAUCGUUGAAGCGGUCGAUAAUGAGACGGAAACGACACAUUCACGCAAACGCAAAAGGACUGAAACGAAGGAGCUGUCUGCAUUGGUACCAGUUCCUCACAAGGCCUUCUUCUUCCUCAACUAA